UUAUUUUUUAUAAAAAUGAAAAAUGAUUCUGUAAUUGAGUGUGAUAAAACUGGUACACAAGGUUUUAAAAAAAAAUUUACGUAUGUAGCGGAGAAUGAUUUUGAAAAUGAAUUCUUUGAGUUGCUUGAUCAUUCCCCUACAUCGUAUGUUUAUCAAGAUAAAAAAACACUAAUUGUUUUUGGCAAAUGGAUUGUCAAAAAUGCUUCAAAAGCAUCCAGAGACGUGGAACUCUUGAAAAAAUCUUUAACAGAAUUUAUAUCAUCUUUUGAAAUUCUCGAUUCUCACGAGUUUGAAUUGUACGCUUUUCAACGAAUCGUAACAGAUUGCGUCAGCCUUAAAGGUGAAAUCGUUCCUUUAGCCUUAGUGGCUCUUGUUGAAAAAUUAAGAUUAAUAAAACCAGCUAAAAACGAGACGUUUAAGUCAAUCGAUGACGGAUCAAAGGUCUUAAAGUUUGGUGAAUAUACUUUUAAAAGCUUAUCUGAAGUUUACUCUCAAUGCCGAAUAUUAUUACAAGAUAGUGAAGAAGGAGUUGUUUUAAACCAUAAAAAUUUUUUAUUUGUAAAAGAUAUUCUUCAAAAACAUCCCGACGCUACCACAAGCCUUUCAAAUAUUACAUCCAUCUCAAUAGCCUUUGAUCCAACAAAAAAAUGUAGACGUUUUGCAAUCAACACAGGUUCCACAAAAUUUUUUAUUAAUCAUAUUCACGCAUUACUACAGUGUCGAGAUACUUUAGAUGUUAUAUACGAAGUCGUUUGUGAAACUAUUUGUAUGAUUGUCACUUUAUUUCCUCGGUGUUCGGAAGAUUUGACCGAUCUGCUAGCUCAAAAAUAUCCAAAGCUUCGAGUUUCUAUUGAUAUUCAAUUAAUUUAUCUGAAAGGAUGUUUAUAUUUAGCUGAGCAUGUGUUACAGCUCCAUCAAGCUAUCUUGAAAACAGUUCUAAGUAACUUAACAGCAAUGGAUCUCGAAGUGAAAUCAACUUCAAUGGAAUAUCUUGAUACUAAUAAUUUUUCGGAAUGGAAAGAAAGACAAUUACAUUUAUUAGCGGAAGAAGUGCGAAAAGGAUCAAUUAGUUCUGAAACGAUUCAACGUAUCCUUUCUCAAAAGCUUUGGUUUGAAACGCUUUUUCGAAAAGUGAAAACGGAUGAAGAUGUCGACUGUAUGGCUUUUCGAUUAGAUAUUUUAAUGGCUUACCUUAUUAAAUGGAGUACUCAACAAGUUCAAAAUGCUUUAGAAACCCCUAUACCUACUCAUUUGCUUUCUGUUCUAUCUAUAAACUCGGGUGAUGAUGAGGAUGAUUAUGAUGAUGAUGAUAAAAAUGACAACCUACCCACUGGUUUAUCGGAUUCUGUUGAUACAACCAAACAAACAAAACGCAGAGGUUUAACAAUGGCUGAUGUGAUUGUAGCGGAUUUGCUAGGUAUUUUCCGCAGUGUUGUUCUUACUACAGAAAAAUGUCGUUACGUUCAAUACUACUUCUUCUAUAUAACAAGUUUAAAAAGCGAAUGGGCUGAAAAGCUUCUUCAAAUAUUUUUCAGUAUACUUUUUGAUCCUGACGCUCUCUUAUCAUUGAGGCGACUAUGUUCAGACUAUAUCGCAUCGUAUGUAAGUCGAGCAACUUUUCUUCCGAUAAAAUUUAUUCGUUCCUCAUUACGCUAUUUAAUUCAAUUUUUAAAUGAAUUUUUAAGUUUUUGGAACCAACGAGAUUCCAUACCUACUAUUCAACAGAAAGAAUCAUUACAAUUUUUACAAAGGCUUAAUAAAGGGAAAGCUUACGUGAAUCCCCAGAGUCGUUUAACAUUGUUUUAUUCUGUUUUUCAAACGACCUGUUAUAUACUUUCUUUUACUGGUGACGCAUUACUCAUAGACCCAUCGAAAUCGAGUGAAUCAAAGGAUUCAUGUAAUGCAAAACUAGAAGAUGAUACACAACUUUCAAAUUUUCUUUUUGAAGAGGUCAAUGAUUCUUUAACUUGUGUAAUGAACAGUGACUUGUGUCCUUUAAUCCAAUGUAAUCCAACUAUUGUUCGCGUUUCAAUUGAAACAUUUAGACGUCUUAAACUUUUUUCUGAUUUAGAAACGGAAUUUGACCGUGUUUUAUCUCUGAUACCUUUGUCUCCGUCGAAUUCAUUAGAUGAACCUAGUACAAUACCGUCGUUUCCGUUCAAUCCUUACCCCCUUUGGUAUAGUACUUACUACUUUGUCCCUUUAUAUCGAACAUGGUCCCAAAUAAACUCAUCGCAAAACUCUCAGCAUUUACAAAAGAAACACAGCAUUCGUUGUGAUGUUCAGCAACAUGAUAGAAAUAGUGACAGUUUACAAGCAUCUAUCACUCCUUUAUGUGAUAAGACUCAUACUAAGCCUGUCAAUGAAGAAGUUACCAACUGUGCAAAGUCCUUGUUAGCAAACAAAGUGGAAAGUGUACAACAAAUAGAUAAAGUCUGCUUUGAUCACCAACAAGUUGCAGAGGUCACACAGACUUUUCAAGAUAGUGGGGAAACGGUUAUUUUUAAUGAUAAUGUAAAAGAUGCGUGUAAUGCACCAAAACCGAAGGAUAGUCUGCAUGAUAAUGAGUCAAAUGUUCAUGAACUUGCUAGUGGGAAUUUCUUACCAGUCACUACUACGGAUCUUGUGACACACAAAAUAAAGAAGACUAACGUGGUGGUGGACACUGAUAUUUUCAAUGAUACGGAGGAAAGCGUAAAGAACAAUUCGUUUAAGAAUGGAAAGCAAUUGACUUUGAAUGAUAACGAGCAGGAUGCUUCUACCAAUGAGCUUAACAGUGUUUUAAAAGCUGAUAAAGACGUUCCUAUACCCAUGGACUCUUCAGCAUGCAAUUUAGAAAUAGAUGAGAAUCGAAAAGAUGAAGCCAAUUCGAUCAAUGAACAAGUGAUAACGAAGGCAUUAACAAAAGAAACUGAAUCUGUAGAGGUUGAGGGAGUUGAUGCAACGGAGAAAUUCGUUCAAACGAGUGAUGCCAUCAAAAAUGUUAGUGUGUCUCAAAUCAACAAUCAAUUAGUUAAAAUUGUCGAUGCUCUCAACUCACAAAUCAAAACUCCAAAUUUAUCGCCAUCCGUCACUGUUCCUACAACAACAUUCAAUGCUUUACUAACUGCCAUUCUUUCUGUUACCACAGCGUCAUCAUCUACAUUAACUUCAAUACCAAACUUUCGCACAAGUCAGUUAUCCGUUUUUCAGUCAACGCAAGGGUCAUGUGAUCACACAUCUAGCCCUCAGUCUACAACAUGUGUGGAUUCAGCCGACGGAGAAUCCGUCUUUGAUCCUUUGUUACGAAGCUCUGGCUUGAAUGUCACACCCCUCCCUUCUUAUAAUGAACCUUAUUAUCAUUUUGAUAAAAAACAUGUACAAAAUGUUGUUGAUUCCAUUCCCACCAAUUGUGAAAACAAUUGUUUCAUUAUCCCUUCAAAGAAACCUUCAAAAUAUCAAUUAUCGAGAACAAGUAUACAAGAAUUGGCUUGUAAGAAACAUUUGACAAGAUGUCGAACGUCUCAUUUAUCGCUACUUUCGAAAACAAAUUCAAUAAAGAAAGAGCAACAUGGAGAAAAACAUGGUGCUCCAGUUGCGUUAUAUCGGAAAAUCUCAUCAUCUCAAUUAACGACGCCUAUAUUGGAUUUAUCAGAAGAUUACAUGACUGUGAAGGAAAAAAAUGCAAGUUUUGGCAAAUUGACGAGUGGAGAAUUUUCGUUGGAAAAAAAAGCAACAAGGGCGCAAGAAACGAAAAAAAACACUGAUUUUUCUUUUUCUUUCAAUUCUGCUCCUUUCCGAGAAGAACAAAUUCUUGAGGAAUUAGAACCUUUUCUUGAAUGGGAUGCAAGCGGGUUUACAACAGCGUCAACAGAUUUAUUAAAAAAAAAUACUCGCUCGAAGCAAAAAGCUAAAUGCGGAUCUCGUAUGUUAGAAUUGUUAAGUAGUCGAGCUUAUCGUUCGUCUUUGAAAAAACCAUUCGACUACCUUGGUGAUCAAAACAGUGUGCAUAUGAAAAGCUUACGUAAAAAAAAAAGACAGAAAAAGGAAUCAAAAAAAGAGAAAUCAUCAAAAUUGUUUUCAAAUAAAAUCUUGAACCUGUCACCGUGUGAUGAGGAAAUGGCCUUCCAACCCUUUGUCGGCGAAAACAUCGAGCCCCAACCUUGUACUAGCAUGAAGAGCGCAUGGGAACAAAAUCCCUGGUGCAACCCAAGUGCAACUUGGUUAGAAGAACCAACAUUCAAGAUUACACACGACCCAGGUGAUGUCCCAUGUCCUGUUUAUGACGAAAGUGGUCGUCAUAAAAAGAGAAAAAGGAACAAAAACAGAGACAACUCGGCAUACGAGGUUAAAAGCUAUGAAAAAUCUUCAAAACGAAGUAAAAAAAAUAGUUAUUUACUAUAAAAGAGUCAAUUGAUAAAGCAACGAAACAUGUUGAAUACGACAGCUCAAUUUUUCGUUUUCACUGUCAUUUAAUUUUAAAAUUGUUUUAAUGAAUUUUAUUAAUGAAUAUUUUGUA